CACGACGAACCUAGGCAAGCCACAAAUGUCGCAACACAUGCGCAUGAUGAUUGGACAAUGUGUAUCCAUCACGUCUUCUUCGCGAAUGGAGUGUCUUGGCUUCUGUGCGUCUGUCUGUGCAUGAUGCGCGCCCAGCAUCAAUUUCUCUGGAGGAUAUAAGCGUCUCUUCCUCAACACAACUGCCCACAUCACGAUCACACGCAUGAACUGACCAUUACUACCAAUGCCACUCCAAUCGCUCAUAAGUUCGCUCCGGCGGCGCAGUCAUCGCGCCGCACCUCCACCAGCCCAUCUACAAGCCAAUACCGAGAAGAUUCAAUGGCGUCUCGUCGAAGUGUUUACUCGCAUGUGGGAUCUGGGCUUCACUGCCUUUGGAGGACCACCGGUGCAUUUCCAGAUUCUGCAUCGGAGGUUUGUCGAGGGAGUAGGGUUCCAAGGUGGGAGCAAGUGGUUGGAUGAACAGACUUAUCAAGAAUUGUUCGCAAUCUGUCAAGCGCUCCCCGGCCCCGCCUCUACCAAGAUGUGCUUCUGCAUCGCCCUCCUCCACGCGGGUAUCGUAUCCGCCAUCUUCGCCUUCCUCCUCUGGAGUCUCCCCGGCGCAAUCGGCAUGUACGGCCUUUCGCUCGGCGUGCAAAAGAUGCCCGAACGCCUGCCUCCCAUCGUGUACGCCCUGCUCUCCGGUCUCAACGCCAGUACCGUCGGCAUCGUCGCACUAGCUGCUGUUCAGCUAGCCGAGAAAGCUAUCAAAGACCGGGUAACACGUAUCUUGGUCAUUUUCGGUGCGUGUGCGGGGUUGUGUUAUAAUGCAAUUUGGUUUUUCCCUGUGUUGAUUGUUAUUGGUGGUUUGACGACGGUGGUGUGGGACAUUUGGCUGGGUCGGCGCGUAGGUAAGAUGAGAGCCGCGUAUCAGGCUAAGAGGAAGAGAGCGAGGAACGAACAGGGUGAUGCGGAAGACGUUCAGGCUACCACGCAGACCAUACCUGUUGAGCUUCAGCGGCCGGAAGCUGUGAAGAGGAGGGUGGGAACGGGCAGCUCGACUGAUCGUAUUGUGCCUGAGCGGGAAGAGGCGGGCCAGAGUCACGCUGGAGAACAUUCGAUUGUUGAUGAUGUGACUGCGACGAAUGAGCCUGUGGCUGAUGUGAGGACGCACAAUAUCUCUGUGAAGGUUGGCGUGUCGCUCAUCAUGGGGUUCCUCGUCUCCUUCAUCGUCGUCAUGGUUAUCCGUGGCACCGUCUCUAGCACCCGGCCCUUCGAUGUUUUCUCUAAUAUGUAUCUAGCCGGUACCAUAAUCUUCGGCGGCGGCCCCGUAGUGAUUCCCCUCCUCCGCUCCUACGUCGUAGAUCCUGGCUGGGUAUCCCCCCGAGACUUUCUCCUCGGUCUCGCCAUCAUCCAAGCCUUCCCUGGCCCCAACUUUAACUUCGCCGUAUACCUCGGUGCCUUGGCUAUCGCCUCGGCUCCUACGUAUAUGCCUACCAUCGUGGGAGCUCUCCUGGGGUUCAUUGGCAUCUUCUUCCCUGGUAUUGUGCUCGCAGUCGGUGUGCAGUCUAUCUGGCAGGGUAUGCGCACCAAGGCUUGGGUGGCUAGUCUGCUAAGAGGCAUUAAUGCGACUGCCGUGGGACUAGUGUUCACAGCUGUGUAUAGGCUUUGGGAGAUUGGUUAUUUGACUCCGGAGAGCAGUGAUGGGAGGAGUCUGGCGGAUGAGCCGUGGUGGGUUGUUGUUGCCGCUUUGGCAUAUGCGGAGACUGCUUGGUUUGGUGUGCCGCCCGCCGUGGCGAUUAUUAUAGGCGCCGUUUUGGGGCUGGGCUGGUAUGGGGCUGUUGGCCAGUAGGAGACCUGCUCAUUGAAACUUCACGCCGAUCGCCAUAUGAUUACAGUAGGGAGGUUAAGAUAGAAUGUGUGUGU